AUGCCUCAUUCUGCGUUACUCGAAUUAGCCAUCCGCCAGUUUAUGACUGGUGGUGUACGUCUCCUUGACGCUCUAUCGACAUUCACUGCCACUGAACUCACAACCUACAACGACUUCGUCACUCUCACCAUCAUCCCCUCACCCUCAAACGACUCAUUACCGCACCAGAAGUUAUCUGUUUUGCCCGAAGUCCCGAUCCUUGGAGACCUCUUAGACAACCUUUACGACUUUGCGACCCUCGAGCAGACGCAUCUCCUGCCCUUGCGACUCCUCUCGCCUCAUACCCGCUACUAUGUACGAGAGAUGCGCAUUUUGGCAUACAGCCAACUUCUCGAGUCCUACCGCAGCCUCACUCUUGAAAGCCUUAGCGGUGCAUUCGGCGUCAGCGUCGAGUUUGUUGACAGGCAUGUGUUAUCUGCACGUGUCUUUGUGCACGGUCCUCAAUAUGCUCUGACCUUGUUCUUGCAGAAAGCCCUUCAUCCUCUCGCUUGCUUGAUGUCAGGACCUUUGUCAAUGGCAUCCGGCUGUCAUCGGACAUAUUGGGCAAACGGCACGUCAACCGAAACGACAGGCUGUGCAAGCCGUUGA